CCUAGAACUUAGCGAGCGGCUGCGCACCCCUGCACAUAUGACAGCAUGCACUUUUCAUUUUGCUACAUCAUCCACUUCUGCUAUUCAGCAGGACCUCUAUCAUAACAUAUUGACACUCUACUUCGCGCCAUGGAAGGUUUCUAUCUCAACAAUAUCUCCAAAUACCACUCACUACUCGAUGCGCUUGAUCCUGUCCCAAAGCCGCGAAUACCACAUGGAAGACCGGGUCCUAACAUGAUUGUCAGCGCCCGAAUCCGGCCUCUGUCUGGGAGCGAAGAGUUCCCCUCUGCAGUCUUCCCUCGGAGGGACCAAGGAAAUGUGAUAGAUAUUCAUGAUCUGUAUAACCAUCCUAAAGGUCAGCCGAUUCUCAAGUCGUCCGAUUACCAAGUAGAUCGGCUUUUCAACAUGAACUCGACCACCAAGGAGAUCUACGAGGAACUUGUUGUCGACCUGGUUCCGUAUGCUUGGAACGGUGGUGUCGGAACCUUGUUCGCCUAUGGACAGACAGGCUCUGGCAAGACAUUCACAGUCAGCAAGGUUGAAGAGUUCGUAGGAGAAACACUCAUGAACGGAAAUCUUGAUGGGAAGAGGGAGGUUUACAUAACCAUCAUCGAUCUCGCCGGAAACGCUGCAUUCGAUCUAUUGAAUGAGCGAGAACCCAUCUCCCUCCGCGAAGAUGCCUCUGGUGCUACUCAGAUGGUAGGCGCCCAGGAGAAUCAAGUGUUCAGCGUGGACGACAUGAGGACUAUGGUGGAGCGUGCGACCUCAUUCAGACGAACGGCACCAACACUCAAAAACCCCGCGUCCUCGCGCUCGCAUGCUAUUUGCCGCAUUAGGAUCAAGAAUACUGUCAAUGGAUCAGAUGGUAUGCUCUAUCUGGUCGAUCUCGCUGGGUCAGAAGCUGCUCGCGACGUUGCGGUGCAUGGCGCGGACCGCAUGCGCGAGACGAAACAGAUCAAUAUCAGUCUCUCGGCGUUGAAAGAUUGCAUUCGUGCAAAAGCUCAGUCAGAUAAUGCGGCAACUCUGGGGAAAGAGAAGCUGGGCCAGAAAGUGCCACACAUUCCAUUCAGACAGAGUGCAUUGACAAGGGUCUUGAAACAUGUAUUUGACCCAGCGAGUACUCGAGAGUGCAGGACAAUCGUAAUAGCCUGCGUCAACCCAAGCCUUGCAGAUGUUGGACCAACCAAGAACACGCUGCGGUUUGCGGAGCUGUUGCGGGUCUCGAUUCCUGUUAAGGAGGAAGAUACGGAGAGGAAGACCGCCAUGCACUGGACGAACGCGCAGUUGAAGGAGUGGAUCAAAGAGAACUCGGGUAACCCCCCGAUCCUAGGCAAUGUUGUAGCUCCCCGCGAAUCCGGAGCCCAACACUUCAAGCUCUCUGGUCAAGAGAUUGAGUAUCGAUGUCAAAAGUGUCCGGGCGUUAAUCGAGGGCAAGCACAGGCAUUCCGUGCAAAAUUAUGGCAUAUGUACAUCAGCCCAUAA